AUGGCGCGGCGUAUGCGGCUGCUUGACCCUCGCCAGAGGGUCGGGGGCGUACCUCACGAGGUCCUUGCAGGGCAGCUGGAGGGGAAGAGACGAGUGGUUGAAGCCGAACAGGCAGAAGACGCUUUCUACGCUCAGAGUGCAGUGCUGCAGGAUCAGAUCCUACAAACCGUCGAGGGCAUGAAGGCGCUGCGUGCCCGCGACAGACAAAUGGCCGUUGUAGACUACUCCCUGGCCAACUUGCGCAAGGAGCAGCGGCGGGAAUACGCUUUAAGUGAUCCGGAUGCUCUGAAGAAGGAGAUGCUGCCUGAUCCGGACGAUCCCUCCUUCGGGCCCAGUUCCAUGCUCAAGUUUCCAAGCCAUGGAAAAGCAUCCGCGGAGGCGAAGCGUGAGAGUCAAGAAGAGCACGUAGCCUGGCUCCAGUAUCAGGUGCAAGAGAAGCUAGAUCGCCAAGCACAAGAAAAGGCUAUUGACAAGAUGCAUGACGAGCGAGCCAUGCUGGCAUCGCAAGUUCGUGCAGUUUGCGAAGACAAUGAGCUGCAG